CCAUGUGCUCCUUGGUUUGGCGUGUGUUUAUUCAUUACGCAGUGACGUAAACAUGGAUAGUCGGGGAAUGAGAAUGAUACAAAUGUGUUUGGCUUUAAGAGAAGAUGAUAACUUAAAUUGUGAAUGUGUAGAAAAUACAGGAAUAAUUUCACAACAGAUUGUUGAGAGUUGUGGCAGUUCAUCAAAUGUGCAAGAACACUUUUCAACAAUAGUGGAAAAUAAUGUUGUUAAUACCGAUGCUGGGGAAAAUACAGAAAUACUCUCACCACAGGUAAGUUCAACAUCAUUUUUUAACCUAAAAACUUUAGGUGAUAUGUUAUGCAACAACUUUUUUCAUUAUUGUAAUUGAAUUUUGAUUAACAAACUUACGUCAUUGUUACAUUAAAUAACACUACGUGACAAUAAAAUGUUCACUUAGGAUAAAAAACAGUUUGUUUAGGUUCAAAAUACGAAAAUUGUAAAUGUGACAUAAUAUAAAUUAAGUUUUGCCUAUAGGUUGUGGAUUUUUUUUGUUUCAGAUUGAUGUUAGUUGUGGUAGAUCUUCAAAUAUACAAGGGCACUUUUCGACAAGAAUGGAAAAUAAUGUUGAUAAUACUGAUUCUGGAGGAAGUACAACAUCACUGUCGCCACAUGUAGGUUCAAUAUUUUAAUUUCCUUACGUAAAAACAUUGGACCUUUUUAUGUUUUAAAACAACUUUUAUGAGGUUUUGGUACACAACUACGUCCCCAUGCAGGAAAUAUUAAUAUUAUGUAUCUGGCAAAAAUAUCUUGAAAACACUUUCAGAAUGACAUUUAAUAAUUUUAUCCUUGAAAAGUUAAACAUUCUAAAUAGCUAAAAUACCCGUGCAUCUUACCUUGCUAGCUGUUAUUUCGCAGUUUCUUUGUAGGGCCCAUUUUCCUGUGUUGUAUUCACAAACAUGGCAACGGGCAUGUGUAGCAAUGAUAAACUAAUCUAAAUGAAAAAUAUUUUAAAUACACAAUGUCCAAUUUGGUAUUGUGUAUAUACGACGAUAAAAAUAGCCGAUCCUAAUUAUAAACAUCACUAUUUCUGCAUUUAACACAAACCCAGAUAAAUUAACCCCGUUAAAUGAGCCAUGUUAAACUAGCCGACAACACCACAAGAAGUUGGCUUCUAGUCAGAGUAUGCCAAAUUAAAACAUGUCAUAAUGUAAUAACUAUGAGUAUUUUAAAAGUAUAAAAUAUUGCAUGACAUGUUGAAUGUGUUUAUGAGAUAGUUUCCUGGAUCCAUAAGGGGGGUGGGACGUUAGCUUCACGUCUCGUCGACAACUGAGGUCAUUAUAAAUGGUACCACACAACUGAACCAUUGUAAAGUACACAGGAGGGAAGCGGACAUGGCCCAUGUUAAGGAGCCAUCUCGAUAUUCGACUGGAGUGAGUUCGGGAAACCAUGGAAAACCGAAAUCAGGAUGGCCGGAGCCGGGAAUCGAACUUUCGGGUCCUCCCGACUUCGUGUCCAACGUGCUAACUUUUCUACAUGUACAUGUUGCAUACCGUAAUCCUUAGAGCAUUAUUGCAGUGGAAUUUUAAUUACCUUAGUAAGCUCAUUGUUACGCUAAAUAACCUAACAAGACAUAUUAAUGUCUAUGUUGUUUGCUUAACCCGGAUAUGUAUUUAGUUUCAACAUACUGAAAUUGUAAAUGUGGUAUAUAAUAAUAAUAAGCUUAGCAAACUUAAAGGUUUAUAUUACUUUUGUUUCAGAUUGUUAAACGUUAUGGUGGUAUAUCAACUUUACAGGAAUGCUCGUUGUCAGCUGUAGAAAGUGAAGAGGAGGAUUUGUCUCUUUCGGGUUCCAAUUUUUCUUCUCCCAACUCGGAGGAUGAAAGUGAUAGUUCUGACUAUAAUGUACGAGUAAAGAAAGCAAAGACAUCAGUUAAAAAUAAGAAAGUCUUUGCUUCAAAAAAGAAGAAAAUUACUAACCAGGUGCCAAAAUGUGGAAGUAAACAACAACAUAAAGUAUUACGAAAUAAGAAGAUCAUGGAAAUGAAGGUGGUGAAAUUUCAUGUAAUGUUGCAUGUUCCGAUGUAGAAGAAGUUGUCGGAGAUAUACCUAAGAAAAGGAAGAAGGGUGAAAAUUCAAGAAUAUUCAGAAAGAAGAGGAAAAUUGCAGGAGAGCCUUACAAGAGCACGAAAGGUUAUAUUGUUCCAGGGAAAUGUCUGCCCCUAAACCCUUGUACAAAAUGUAAAUUACGAUGUAAAGAUAUUGCUGAUGAAGAAAGACAACUUAUAUUUUCUUACUAUAAUACAAAUUUAACAUCUCAGCAGCAAAAUGACUGGAUAUGCUCCCAUGUAUCGAAAGUUGCAGUGAGUAGAAGAAGGAAAGAUACUAAAAACCCUGAGAAAAGAUUAAACACAUACAGAUACCAUUUUGAUAUUGAAGGAAAGCCGGUCCCUGUGUGUAGACAAUUCUUUCUUGCAACACUGGCUUUGAAGAAGAAAAAAGUGCACUAUACCAUUGAACAUGCAACCAGCAUCAACACAGCGAAGGUCGAUGAAAGAGGCAAAUCAGAAAGUCACAACAAAACACCAGAUGCUCUUGUAAAAAGUGCGGAAGAAUUCAUUUCUAAUCUACCAGUGGUGCCAUCUCACUACUGUCGAAAGGAUUCCAACCGUCGAUACUUGCCUUCACACUUGAACAUGAACAUAAUUUACAAUGAUUAUAAAAAAGGAAUGGAUGAUACAGGAGAAUCAGCCGUGUCAUUUAAUGUAUUUAGAAAUUCAUUUAAGUCGUUUAAUCUUGCAUUCCAUAAGCCUAAGAAAGACAAAUGUGGAUUAUGUGAAAGUAUAAAGAACAAAACUGCCUCAGGAGAUAUGAAUGCUACUGACAGGGAGAGUUAUUUGACAUACAUGAAUGAAAAAUAUGCCACAUAUGCGGAAUACAAGGAGGACACUAAAGAGACAAAAGAAAACGCAUCACUUAUUGUUGCUAGUUUCGACCUUCAGCGAGUGUUGACUACUCCACAUUCUGAUAGUACUUUGAUGUACUAUGCACGUAAAUAUGCCUUUUAUAAUCUAACAGUGUAUGAAAACAGGAAUGGUCGUGGGACUUGUUACGUCUGGGGUGAGUGUGAUGGGAGAAAAGGGUCAACUGAAAUCUCUACCUGUGUAAGCCUGUGGUUGCAAGAUAUUGACAAAGAGCUGGGUGAGCAUCAACAGUUAGACAUUGUUCUAUACUGCGAUAACUGUCCAGGACAGAACAAGAACAGAUGUAUGUUCUCAAUGCUGUACCAUAACUGCCAGAAAUUGCCAGGAGUUCGAAGUAUUCAGUUAAAGUUUUUGUUAACAGGACAUACAUACAUGGGUGCUCACACUGUGCACAGCACAAUUGCUACGUUCAUUAAGAAGCGAACUAUCAUGGCACCUUCGCAGUGGCCCUUUGUCAUAGAAAUGGCAAGAACUAACCCUAGUCCAUUGCUGGUAAGAAAACUAGAGUACAGUGAUUUCGAAGACUGGGAAUCACUUCAAGAUAACUAUUUUCCCAAGACUCUGGACUGUGAAGGGAAUCGAAUCAGAUGGUCAGCACUACGGGAAAUUAAGUUUACCAAAGGAUACAAGUGUGCUGAAAUUUGGUACUCAAGUUACACAAAGGAUAUUAGUAGAACUGAUAUGCUGAAGCGCAGGAGCUUUGACCAAAUCCAGGUUUACAGGGCUUACAGCAAGAAAAGACUUAUUUCAGAAGCCAAGUUCAAAGACCUGAUGAACUUAUGCAAGAAAAUGGUUAUACCCAAAAAUUUUCAUGAGGAAUAUUCUUCUCUGCCACAUUCCGUACAAGAGCAUGAUCAUCUGGAUGAAAGUGAUGAAGAAGAUGGUACCCAAGAAUAAAAUGUGACGGACAAACAUGGGUCUACUUUCGAUAGACAAAGGAAAAUAGGAUACUGUUUAUUUUUAGUUGUUACAUUGAAUGUAAACCAAAACUGUUGAAGACUUUUAUUAGUAAACGUCUUCUCCACAACUUUAUCAAGAAGAACAUGUAAAUAUGACCAAGAACAAGAGGUUACUACAAAACAUUAUUAUAUUGAUUCCAAUUUGAAUCGACAAGGGGAAACAGUUUUUUUAGCUCUUAUGUUUGAAUGUGUUACUGCCGAAUAUUGGUUCAUUAAUUCUAAUUCAGUUGGAAACACGUGAGAAAAAUAUAAUUAUUUGUGUUUGUUAUGUUUGAAUGUAGGAAUAUGUGUUAAAGAUUUCAUCAAUAGUUAUUCUUUUCUACUACAUUUCCUGCAACUAAUAUUCUUCUUAUGACUAUUGACGUUAACAUUGAUUCCUUUUUGGAUCGACAAAAUAUUGUUUACUUAAGUAAUGUUUUAUUGUAGGUUUCAUUGUUAGGUUCUGGUUUAUAAUGUCAGAAUAAUAAUGUAAAAAAGUAUAACAGUUACAAGUAUAGUUGAAACAAAAAAGGGUACAAGUGUCAUUAUUGUUACUUAAAUACUCACUGGCAACAAUAACAGAAAUGCAAAAAGGGGACAAGUAACAUAAUUACUAAUUACCAAACAUCAUAGCAAGUGUUAUGUUAUCACAUUUUUUAGUACAUUUUAAAGCCACUAAUUGGUGUUAAUAUCGUUCACCUGUGAAAAAAAUACUUUCUGUUAUGGUAGACGAUACUGUUAAAAAUGUAGUUUUUCCCCUCUAGUGCAAAAGUAAGAAAAUGUCACUUGGCACCUUUUUGCAAAAGACCGACGAUAUGUACAAUGUGGUGGCCAGAAGCCAGUCUACAGGCACGCAUCAUCUCUAAGUACUGAUAACACGUGGCACAUCCUCUAUCUGUCGCUGCGGCCUUGAAUAAUGAUAACACGAGGAGCGUCCUUCUGGAGUCAGCAUAGGCCUUGACUCAUUACCUCAAAACUUGUGGCAAAAAAACACAUGCAUAUACAAACAUGCACCCAACUACACACACACAUGCAGAUGUACCUGCAGAUGCACCUAUGCACACAAAUAAACAUGCAAAU